UUUGUACACAUACAUUAGUCAGCUAUAUUCUACAAUAGAGAAGUAGUAUUGAACCAGUAUUAUACUAUGCAGAUAGCACUGAUAAAGAUAAGCAGUAGUGACCUAGUUUCGCAUAGGGCAGUGCAUACACAUUAUGCAGCAAUAAAACCUAUUAAAUUAUAUAAAGAAUAUUUGCUAUUUGCAACCUAGCAUUAAUAUUACAAUUUAUUAAUCCAUAAAUUUAUGAUUUUGAACUAAAACUAGUUCAAUUAAUUAUCAAUUUUGCUUCAAUUCUAAGUUUAGAUUAUAUUGACUAUUCAACAGUAUUGUAUACACAAUACUGUUCUUUUUAACAUGCAUUAAUCAGAUAUACUUCCUCUGCAUAUGCUGAUGCUAAAUUUACUAACUCAAUCAAUUCAAUAUCAUUAUUAAGGUAGAAUAUAAAAAUGGUCAAAUAUACAAUCUACAUGUUUUCUUGAUUGUUGGACUUGUCCUACUAAAAUUGUUAAAUCUUAUGCUGGUGUUUUGUUAAUUAAUUUCUACCGAAAUUGCCUUUGUUAGACUAUUUGUGGACGAACUUUAUAGGUUCUAUUUGAACCAGUACUUUGGCAAGUUGGUAAAUGAUUGGAAAGGACGAUUACAGUUGUGACAAACCAGAAAUUCCUACAAUUACAAUACAACAAAGUACAGUAUUCAUUUCAAUCUGGGGUUUUAAAUUCAUUAAACUGAUUAUUUACUCAUAAUUAUUGAAUAUGUCUCCCAAUCCUUUGGAUAAAAGUUAACAUCAUUUGCUUUCAUCUUUUCAACAAUUAGUUCUCUUUGAGGAUCAGUUAGCAGUACAUUUAGUACUACUUAUCUAUUGUAGAAUAGAGCUGACAAAUGUAUUGUUCCUAUGUGUACAGAGAAAAGGAGUUUUUAACAAGAUUGGUUCUCUUUUUAAAAAGAGUGUUUAUUAACUAUACAUUCUCUUCAACUCUAUGUCAUGUGUAGGCUUAUUCUCAGAGCCAUAAGCUUUAUACUCUGUACUUUGUUGUAUUGUAAUUGUUGGAAUUUCUGCUUCUAUUAUAAUAUUAUGUCCUUGGCAUAACAUACAAUCUGUAGCACAUUCAAAAAAUUUCUUUAUUAUUGCGAACAAUAAUAAGAUCUGAGAAUAAGCCUAUACAUGACAUAGAACUCACUCUAUGAGUAAUGUCUAUUUUAAAAACUAGAGGUCUUUUUGAAUAGAUAAAUUGAAGAGAAUGCAUAGUCAAUAAUAUAUUUUUGGAAAAAACUGGUUUUGCUUGUCCAUACAAUUAAGACUCUUUUUAAAAAGUGAACCAAUCAAAAGAAAAGAAUUUCUCUAGGCUAAGAAAAAAAUAUAGAGUAUUUAUAUAUGGUUAUAUGCAUAUUAAGAACUACAGACAACAAAAUGAGAAUAAAGGGGAGAAACUCUUUGAUUUUAUUGGCAACUCUCUUUCUAGUUGACAAAAUUUUUUCUGCUGAAUUGGAGGUGAAAGUUCAUUACCAACCUGAAGUAAAAGGAGGAAAACCCAUUACUGUUACCUUUGGAAAGUCUAAGGGGACACCAACCUGCAAGUUAAAUGGUAAAAACUAUGGUGGAAAUCCUAUACCUGAAAAAAGUGUAAUUAUGGAUUCCGCAUACAAGACAAUAACCAUACAAGCAGCUGAGAUAGGAAGUGUGGAUAAUGAUUUCAUGUUUGUUUCUUCAAUUAAUUGUGUUGAUAAUAGUGAAUCAAUAUCUUUUGAAUUGAGAAUAUUUAUUCUUAAAGAAGUUCCAAAUGAUGAUGCUACCCAUAAAAUAUGUCUCUUUGAAACAUUUAUUUCUAAUCUGCCACAACCUAUCAGAACAGUAGAGAUGCUGUGCUAUAAUUUAGGUGGAACUUGCAGUGUUUCUGUUGUUGAUCCCACUAAGGCAUCGGUAGAUCUUACUGGCUCACUGUAUAUUAAUGAUAAUACUGAGCUAAUUAAAGUAACUCAAUCCAAUUCUGCUGAUUCAGCACUAUUAAAAGUAGAUUGUACUCUUAUAAACAUCCAAACUUCUGUUAAUAUUCCAGUGUUUUUUCAUCCUGGUGCCAAUCCAUGGGCAAUAGCUUCUGGAGAUCCUCAUUUUGAACAAAUUGUAUUUGAUGGUCUACACUCUAUGAAUAUGCCUAUCUGUUAUGAUGUUCUUGGUACACCUGAUAGUUAUCUAAAAAUAGUUGAGUAUUCAAAGAUUGGGGUUGAAAUUUAUGGUCACCUUAAAGAUGAUUAUUACAUGCAUAGAAUUAUCAUUAAAUCUGUUAUUGGUAAUGUUACUGUAUCAAUGAAUUCUAUUUCCAUUCAUAAUAAAACACAAGUGAAUUGGAUAGAAAAUUCAAAAAGAAUAAUAAUCCAAUCAAAAUUUUUUAACUAUGAAAUAUUUUCCAGUGAAAUAUUGAUAACAAUCUUACAGGAAACUCCAAUAAUAAUUAAAAUUGAAAAGGCAAGAAAUUUUAUAGACCAAUGGCAUUUAGAUGUUAGCUUUAAAUCUGGUCCAAAGGAUUAUGUGGAAAUGAGUGGACUUUUGGGUCAUAUUGGCAAAAAAGAAUACAAAUUCUAUUCCAGUGUUCAAUCAGACUCUGACAUCAGCAAUUCAAAGAAAACAACAAUUGGAAUUGGUAACAAUUUGAUAAUUGCAAGAAAAGUUGAAAGAAAUGGAAAAUAUUGUUGGUUAAUGGCUGUUGAUGAUAUUUUGAAACCAAUUCAUAUAUCUAAUUUCUUUUUCCAAAAUAUUAAUUGAUUAAUUAGUGUUUGUUUUUUUUUAAAAAUUUUAUAUACUCUUUUCAGGAGAAAAGAGGGGAGAUUUAAUUAUUUAUUAAAUUUGCAAUAUUACAUGUGUAUUAAAGAAGUUAAAGAAAUUUUUCUAAAGGAAUAUGUAUUGUACUGUUCUUACCUAACCAAUUAUGCAAUUUAUAAAAGAAAAUAAUUCAUUUAUGUGGUUUACUUAUAAUAAAGUACUCAAGCAAAUUCAGUAUUGUAAUAAGCUUUACAAGCUG